GUAAAUUAAGCUUUCGGCGAGAAUGCUUAUGUGUGUUUAAAAAGAACGAAAUAAUCAUCAGUUCUACAAACUUUGUCACCUUAAAAAAAAAAAAAAAAGCUUUGUCACCUUUGUUCUCUGUGCUUUGCCAUUUCAUUUUUCCUUCAUUUCCUUAGAAUUAAUCUCCAUCAAAAGUUUCGAUUGGUACUCAAAGAAGAUGAAUAAAACCAAAGAAAAAGUUAAAACUCAGUUAUUAUAUGUGUUGAAGAAAGACUCUUUGGAACGUAUGCGUAACACUAAGGAGGUGCGGACAACCUAUCAGAUGUUGACCAUCACCUAAAUCAAUGGAACUAGCUGGUCUUUGAGAGCUUCUUAUACGAAUGACCUUUUGAAUUAUAUGUAUAACUUUUAAGCAAGAAAAAAAGAAAGAAAAGAAUUAUAUGUAUAACUAUUUAUUUAUCUCGAUUGUUUGAAUCUGAAUAUCUAAUAAACCAAAACAUAGAACCAAAUAAUUAAUAUAGAUACUCCCGUUGGAGGAUUAUAUGAUAAUUUUUUGGUUAAACAGGAAUGAUCAGAUCACUUUACUAGGAAAUUACUAGAUUAACGCAAAUUAAAUUAAUUCAAACAUUAUGGUUUAAGGAAAAAAAUUACAUUAUUAUUCUAAGUAGUAUUUUUGGUCUUCAAUGAGAAGAGAGAAAGACUUAUAAUUAUUAUCAAAAUUAGGUGGCGCGAAAAUAACGCCCUUUCUCUUUAAUAAUCUCUCAUCUCUCUGAUCCUUCAAUCGCCCCCGGAUUUCUUCUUCCUCAUCCUCAUCUUCACGAGCAUUCCUCAUCGAAAUAGAUUAACUCCGAUCUGGGUUUUGUAUUCGCCCAAUUCGAUCUCCGAAGGGGCAAAGAAGAUUCCGCUAGGAGAAUCAAUCAAUUCACGAGAUUGCUCCUUUUUUAUUUUAUUUGUGGAAAUCGAUUUCAUCUUUCCUGAUUAAAAAGACUCCCUUUACGGCAACUAGAGUUGUUGACUUGUUUCUACUGUUUAGCUCAAAUGCAGAAAGAACUAAGAGGCGUGAACUACUGAAUCCAACCAAUGCAACUUUGUUUCCUUAGUUUGAAUGGAUGUAUCAACAGAUACCACAAGACCACGAAGACGUCUUGUUCCAUCCGAUAAGAACAAUGCACCCCCUGCCACUCGCCGUCCUCAAACAAAGGAAGUCAGUUCAAGAUACAGAUCACCCACACCAACCAGAACCGCCCGAUGCCCUUCUCCAAGCGUCACAAGGCCAACAGUUUCUUCAACCUUAGCUGCUAAAAGAGCCGUUUCUGCUGACAGGAAGCGUCCUUCAACACCUCCCUCUCCCACCACUCUCUCCACGCCCAUACGCGACGUCUCUAUAGACUUGCCAGCUUCAUCUAGGCGUCUAUCUACAGGAGGUCGUUUGCCUGAAAGCUUAUGGCCUUCGACCAUGAGAAGCCUCACCGCUUCGUUUCAGUCGGACUCUGUCUCAGUCCCUGUUAGUAAGAAGGAGAGACCGGUGAGAAGCUCUUCUGUUGAUCGAACGCUGAGACCUUCUUCAAACAUAGCUCAAAAGCAGAAAGCUGAAACGACCUCUGUCUCAAGGAAGCCUACUCCAGAGAGGAAAACAAGUCCAUUGAAAGCGAAGAAGAAUGCGUCUGAUCUUUCAGAGAAUCUUUCAGAGAAUUCGAAACCUGUAGAUGGUGCUCAUAGUAGGUUAAUAGAACAGCAUCGAUGGCCUAGUAGAAUUGGUGGAAAGCUCGGUUUAAACAGAAGCUUGGAUCUUGGCGACAAGACUUCAAGGGGUCCAUCAACUCCAGGGUCUCGAAUGGGACCGUCUCUUAGUAGAAUGUCACUACCUUUGUCUAACAGUUCAAAACCGUUGCAUAAAGCUUCUAGUACCGCAUCUAGUCUAGGUGGAUUACUGUCUCCAACGAAGUCGGAAGAUAAUAACAUAACUCGAACUACUGGGCCUCAGAGACUUUUGUCUGCAAGUUCUAUGGAUAGAGCAACCUUAGCAACAGCUGUAGCUAGGCUGCAUCCAUUGUCUGCUCCUGGAUCUCGCCCUGCUUCACCAAGUAGAACAUCUUUUUCGUCUUCAUCGCGAGGCAUGAGUACUUCAAGAGGAGUGAGUCCUGCUAGAGGGGUGAGUCCUGCAAGAGGUUUGAGUCCUUCACGUGUCACAGGUUCCUCCUCUUUUGCUAGACCAUCAACUCCACCUUCAAGAGGGGUAAGUCCUUCCCGGAUAAGACAAACAAGCAACUCUACACAAUCCAGCACCACAAGUUCUGUUCUCAGCUUCAUCACGGAUGUCAAGAAAGGAAAAAAAGCAAGCUACAUCGAAGACAUUCAUCAACUGCGUCUUCUCCACAAUAGAUAUCUACAGUGGCGGUUUGCAAUUGCGCAAGCUGAAGCUGUAAUGUACAUUCAAAGAUUAACAUCCGAGGAAACUCUGUUUAAUGUGUGGCAUGCGAUAUCAGAGCUACAGGAUGAUGUGACCAGCCAGAGGAUUGGUCUGCAACAGCUAAAGCUAGAGAUCAAACUCAACUCACUACUAAACGACCAAAUGGUGAGUCUUGAAGAAUGGGCCGCGCUUGAAAGAGACCAUGUUAGCUCUUUAGUUGGGGCCAUAGCAGAUUUAGAAGCAAAUACUCUUCGCCUUCCAGUGACUGGAGGAACAAAGGCGGAUGUUGAAUCUUUGAAAGCUGCUAUGUCCUCGGCUCUUGAUGUAAUGCAGUCUAUGGGAUCGUCUAUUUGGUCUUUACUCUCAAAGGUGGAGGAGAUGAAUAAAAUGGUAUCAGAACUCGCUGUUGUUGUUAAUAAAGAGAGUUCUAUGCAAGGGAAAUGCGAAGAUCUUCUGGCCUCAACUGCGAUCAUGCAGAUAAAAGAGUGUAGCCUCAGGACUCAUCUGAUACAAACUAGCAGAGAAGGAGAAGAAGAUGCAGAGGAGGAGACUCCUCCCUUGUUGCCAUUAAGCAAGUUUCCAUGGCCAUAAAUAACACGCUUACAGUUCCACACGCUCACCACUGAUGACUGGAUCACCUGUAAAUUGCUCUUUGAUGCUCGCUCCCACAUUUCUCUUGUCUUGUUAGAAGUCUUUUUUUUUUGGUAUGAAACGUUAGCAUAGGAACACAGGAAGUGAAAGAUCUCUAGUUCGAAAGUCUUAGGUAAAGAAGGAAAAAGCAAUUUAUUUGUUCACAUGUAAGCUCUGAUGUGGGUUUUUAGGCGUUCACUUAUAUGUAGAGUCAAUUUUUAAUAUUAAUUUAUUUUAUUACAAAUU